AUGUAUUUAAUGAAAGACUACAUUGCAAUGGAUGUGGAAAAGACUGGCAUGGUAAUUGGUGAUGUUUUAGUGCAAUUUGUCGAUAAGGCUAAUGUUCCUUUCGAAAUUGUUCACUUGAUUGCUACUAAUAUGGCGGCCCAUGUUGCUGGUGUAGCUGGUCGUCAAUUUACCCGGGAAACUGGUCAUCUAUUACGUCGUAUCACUGGUUUGGACCCCACUAACAUCUAUGCUCAACCUAGGAAUACUUUAUUGGGUUUAGCUCGUGGUGAUGCUGAAUUUGUCGUUGUCAUUCAUACCUCUGCCUAUGGUAUGGGUACACCUACUCGUAGCGGUGAUGUUGAUUUCUAUCCUAAUGGUCCUAAUGAAGGAGUUCCUGGUGCUGAUAGUCUUGUUGAAGCCUCCAUGCGUUCUAUACGUUAUUACGCUGAAUCUGUUAUACCUGGUAAUGAACGUAACUUCCCGGCUGUUGGCGCCACUUCUCUCAGGCAAUACAAAGAACGAAGCGGUAAUGGAAAACGUGUUUAUAUGGGUUACGAUACCGACUAUGAUGUUGAAGGUGAUUUUAUUCUUGAAGUUAAUUCCAAGAGUCCCUUCGGUCGUAAAACACCAGCUCAAAGGCAGCAGAACUAUCAUAGUAUCCAUAAGCCAUGGAAAAUGUCUGAACUUUAG